AUGGUGGUAGUUCUCGCUCUCUUCAUCUUUACGGAUCAGGGGAGUGGGGACGGGCACGGAGGGGAAGUGGGAGACUAUUUCGAGGCAGAGCUCGUCGGGGAGCGCAAGGAGACCUUUGGCGUUCUGCCCACUUGCGAGGAGUUGACUUGCGCGGAGUUUGAUUACUUCACACGCUUUCCCGACGCUCACCGCGACCUCCACCACACUUUCCACUGUCCAGACGCCCACCGUUACUGUCUCUUAAUAACGCGUGCAAAGAUGAUGUUGACGAGAGCAGUUGGUCUGGGCCCGGCCCUCAGGAAGGUGGCAUUCACCCCUAACCUCACGAGGAACCAGGUUAUGCUGCGAAAUAUCGUCGGGAGGAGGUCCAUCCAAGUCCAAUCCUUGCCGCCUUCCGCCAACCUCGAGAUCCUGAACAAGCAACGCCUGAAUCGCCCUAGCAGCCCACACUUCACCAUCUACCAACCUCAGCUUACGUGGCUUGGUUCGAUCGCCAACCGUGUUACUGGGGCUGGUCUCAGCGUCUUGCUCUAUAGCUUCUCUAUAGCCUACCUGAUCGCCCCAGGCACCUUCGACAGCGCACACGUCGUUGAAGUCAUCGCUGGCCUGCCGGAGAGUGUCAAGCACGCCGGCAAGGCCAUCCUUGCCGCUCCUUUCGCCUUCCACUCGCUCAACGGUCUGAGACAUUUGGGCUGGGACCUGGUCAAGUUCAUCACGGUGAAGGGCGCGUACGUUAGCGGAUAUAUUGUACUCGGUGCAACUGCUGUUUCGACAGUUGCCUUGACUUUGUGGAAGUAA